CAAAAUCCAAUCCAAGACAGCACUGUAAUCCGAUUAAAAUCGGCAGUAUUGUGUUGUAUUGUGCUACAGAAGCCUGCGUGAACAGAUUGCUAUGGAGGGGAGGUCAAAAGGAAAAAUGGUAUUCCCAGUGUCGCGAAUGCGUACCAUCAUGAAGAGUUCCCCUGGUGUCUCCUGCAUUUCUCAAGACUCUGUUCAGAUCACAUCGAGGGCCGCGGAAGAAUUUGUGGUGUUCCUUGCACGAGAAGCAUUCAAGAGGAGCAAAAAUCGAACGAUGGUGCAGUACUCCGACUUGGCAGAGGUCAUCAGCACACAAGACAGGCUCCAUUUCUUGCACGACAUUAUACCGGAGAAAAUAAAGUACAGAGACUACGUAAAACUUCUGAAAGAAGUAGAAGCCAAAGAGCAAGAAAGGGAACGUGAUGCUGAGAUCUGACCACUGUAUCAUCCAAAUAAUUUAUAUUUUAUUUUAAUAAACAAACUGCGCAGAUAACAA